GGUUCAGUAUGAGGAAACUCCUCGUCAUAAACGCUGAUGAUUUCGGUUAUAGUGUUGUACGAAACAAAGGAAUAGUGGAGUGUUUCCAGGAGGGGGCCAUCAGUGGGGUGACAUUGAUGGUAAAUGGCGUAGCAGCAGAAGAUGGAGCGAGACGCGCCAAAGAAGUGGGCAUGCCUACAGGUAUGCAUCUGAACAUAACAGAAGGAAAUCCUAUCGGAAAAAUGUCCAAAACACUAACUGACGACAAAGGCAAAUUUCUGGGAAACUUUGGAUUUAGAGAAGCUUUGGCGAAUGGAAAAAUAGAUUUGGAAGAGGUGAAAUGUGAAAUGAAGAGUCAGGUUGACCUAUUCGAGUCUUUGAUGGGUCAAAAGCCAAGUCAUGUUGACGGACACCAGCAUGCUCAUCUUUUGCCAGGCAUUUGCGAAAUAUUUGGAUCAGUGAUGAAGGAACAUGGUGUCCGGAGUACGAGAUGCCCAUAUGAAGACCUUGAACCUGGUCACGUGUAUUCCUGGGCAGCGGACGCUGUCAAAGACCUAGACUCAUUUUUUAAAGAAGUUGUUCAACAAGCGGCAAAUGCGAAGGUUGUCAUGAAGGAAAACAAUAUUUGGGCAACCGAACGGUUUUUAGGACUGCAGACAAUGGGCUCAGAUAUGACAGUAGAACGCUUACAACGACAAAUAACCAAAGCGUUCAAUUCUACAGGAAAUGACGUCAUAACAUGUGAGUUGAUGGUGCAUCCUGGAUACAAAACCGGAAUGGAAGGCGGUUGUGGGGAUGGCCCGGACGAUUUCUCAAGAUCACCACAGCGAGAGCACGAAAUGUCCAUCCUGCGAUGCAAAGACAUGUUAGAAUUCUACCGUACACAAGGAAUAGAAAUUGUCUCAUUUGAGCAGUGUUUCAGUCCAUGAAUUUAUUUAUUAUUUUCUUAAAGAAUUUUUUUUAUUAAAACAGAGAUUUAAUAUAUUAUAUUUAAGAUUGAAAAAUAACUGCAUAUAUGAUAAAGUGUUAAUUUACAAUUAAAUUUUUAAUUACAAAUUAAAA